AUGAUAAAAAAGGAGAGGGGAGGGGUGAGGGGAAGGAGAUGAGGAAACACUUGUAAUGUGUAAGUUUAUAAAUGCUUGCGCAUGUAGCAUUGGUCAGACAAACAAGUAGCCUACCAACUUCAGCAUCACUCAAGAGUCACUGGACACAGCACCGACAAAACAAUUAACUGGGACAUGACUUCUACACACUGUAAGUCGGACGUCACACUAUUCUACCGUUCUACCUGGUCAAAUAAACUGGGUUGUGUUUUGUAUUUUAUCACUAACUCCUCUCUUGCUCUCCUCCUUCAUUCAGACCUCUCACUCCUCUCGGUGCUCGUGGUGAUGGUAGUUAACGGGAGUCCAGUGCCCAGCGCGCCUGGUUGGACCUCUGGAGAGGAGCUCGCGGUCGAAUCGUUCUCUGGUGAACCGGGCGCGCCGCCGAUAUGGGCGAACGUGAUCAAGGUGAUCAAGCUGCUCGUUCAGGAAGUGAUCAACUUCCGAGACCAACAGUUUGUGGAGGAGUUUCAGAAGCCAGUGGAAGAGAUGUCAUCAUUCAUACAGUACCAGGUCCCUUCCAUCCCCACACACCUCUCCAAGACCCCCUGCUCCACCUCAAACUACAACAAGGAGGCAUGUCUGCAGAAGAUCAGUCAUGGUCUGCAGGUGUAUCAUGUUCUUCUCCAGCACGUUCAGGCUGAAUACCCACAAUCCACCCUGUUCCCCUCUGUCAUGCACCAGACUACUGUCUUGAUAGGCCUGUUCAAAGACAAGAUGAAGGCUGCUGAGGUAGUAGAGGACCUGUCUGCCAGUGAGAGGGAGCGUGUGCUGGGUGAGGUGUCUACAGGGAUAGAGUGGGAGAGGAAGACCAGCGUUCACGCCAUCCUUAGGGAACUACGUCACUUCCUAGUCGACACCAACACAGCCCUCCGCGCAUGGAGAAGAGGGGCGAAGGCUGCCAGUAACCAUGACAUCACUAUGGUGGGCAGAGGUGUGUUAGAUCAGGCUUGGAGUAAAAACCUGCACUGAUGUCUUAUUCUCUGAAUCAGCUGUUUAUUUUUAUUUAUUGAAUGUAAUACUUGACUGAACUUCAAAACACAGUUAUUUAUAUAUUUAUUCAUGUAUUUAUGGUUGAGAUGAAAAAUGUAUUGAAUUUAUUUAAUCUGAUUAAUUUAUUUGAUCUCGAGCAGCUUUGUGCCUCUUGUACCCAACUUUCUAGAAACUUGUUAUAAAAAUACAUAUUUUUAUAUUUUUUAUAGCAAAUAGUGUUAUUUAUUUUCACACAAAUGGACUCAAUGUAUUUUUCUAAUUAUGACAUGUUGAUGGAUUUCAAGCAGACUUAAAUGUAUCUCUUAGUGCCUUUACAGUACAUUAGUGACUACAUUGAUUGUGACUACUACUAGUUUGAUGGUUGUAGCCUUCAAUUGUCCAAUUAACAACCAACCAUAUUAGCAAACUUAUUUCAUUUCAAACUUGACAUUUCUCUAGUAUAGGCUAUUUAUCGUAAUAAACUAUAUCAGCAAAAUGCCUGCGAUAAGUGAUCAGUAUGGUCGGUGUCGAUAAUUGUCAGUUCAUCGUCCCAGCUCUAACUGUGACAAAUGUUUUGGAUAUAAAAAUGAAUAAUAAAUGGUAUC